GGCAUCCUCGCCGACGGACAAGAGCCGACGUGCACGAUUUGCUUGGAUGAUUACGUCGAGGGAGACAAGCUGCGACGCUUCCCGCAGUGCAAACACAUGUUCCAUCAAGAGUGCGCGGACUUGUGGUUACACACGAGCCACACGUGCCCGAACUGCCGGGCGUCGCUCCUACCGGAAGAGAACGCGCCCGCGGCGGAGAGCGCGCCCGCGGCGGAGAGCGCGCCG